CGUAGGAACGCCAGAUCUUAUCCUUUGUUAGCGAGUUGUCAAAUAAACUUCGUCAAAAUGCCGCCAAAACCAGGAGUUGGAAAGAAAGGAGAGAAAGCUCCGGGCAAAAAGAACGUUGGCGGAGAUAGAAAGAAGCGAAAGCGAGGACGCAAAGAAAGUUAUGCUAUUUACAUCUAUAAAGUUUUAAAGCAAGUCCACCCCGACACCGGUAUCUCGAGCAAGGCAAUGGGCAUAAUGAACUCAUUCGUGAACGACAUCUUUGAACGCAUCGCCGGUGAAGCUUCCCGCCUGGCGCACUACAACAAAAAGUCCACCAUCACGAGCAGGGAAAUCCAGACGGCUGUUCGUCUGCUUCUUCCCGGUGAGCUGGCCAAGCACGCCGUGAGCGAGGGAACCAAGGCCGUCACCAAGUACACCAGCAGCAAGUAGAUCUCAGCGAGCGGAAUAAAGGAACAAACGCGAGGAGGAUCAAAUCACUACAUGGAUUUUAGAUCGGCCCUCGAUCCCUUAUUCGAAUAUAGGCAGCGAUCGUGACGUUAUGUGGGUUGUGGACAGUAAUUAUGCAGACGUUAUUGUUGUAUAUAGAGACUACUUACAAGGCCCAGUUGACUAUGUUGGCAAUCAGUAGCAGUAACAUGCGGUCCUGUGUAAAUUAAAGAGUGUAAAUAAACGAAUUAACAAUA